AUUCUUAUAAAAGUACUUCGUGUAAUUUAAGCUCGCAUUUGUCUCGCAAACACCCGGCUGUAUUCGCAAAAUUAUUUCCUGAUCGUGAUGAAGAGGAGGAACUCGCUGAAACAGAUCUGUCUAUUCUAUAUGUUGUCAGUGCAAGUGAACGGGCGGUUUCGCGCGCUGCCGUCGCCGCCAUUUUGUCCGUGGCGCGUCGCGUCUCGCACAGCGGGACGGAGCGCGCGACGUGCCGUGCGGGGGGGUCAAUUCUGUUCAGUAUCCACGCUGACGGCGACGCGACGCUUCGCUUAGUUCAACGGAGUUUCAUACAUUUGUGAUUUAUGUAAAACGGAAUUUCCAGGCGAAGGUAAUUAGAUAAAAUGACGAAUAUAACGGAAAGACUGAUAGAGUUUGUCAAACAACAACCAUGUUUGUACGACUCGUCUCACAGGGAAUACAAGAACGUUGCGAACAAAACCGAAAUAUGGGAGGCCAUCGGCAAAGAGCUCAAUUGUACUGGUGAAGUUGUGAAAAACAAAUGGCGGACAUUACGCGACGGGUACACGAAGAACAGAAAACUGAUGAAGGAGAAGGGCAUAUCGAAAACAUACUUCUGGGCGCCUCAAUUGGCGUUCUUGGAGAACCACCUCCAAAGGCAGCCGGCAUUGAAUGCGACGUCGUCACCCACUCCGUUCUGUAUGGACUUGGAUACGAAUGCUGGUGAUGAGAGUCGAGCGUCACCUGUUGAAUGUAAAGUAAAUACAGUUGCAGAAAUACCUUUGGAGGAACCAUUAUUGGCCGAAGAUACGUCCGCACCAGAUAUAAGACCAGCCAAGCGGAAGAAUCCAGAAGACGAUGAUGACUUAACAAGAAUAAUGAACUUUCUUAGUAGAAAAAAGAGAAACGAAGACGCGGUCGGCCAUCUUUUUUCCAGCUACGCGGUAACAUUCAGAAGUUUCCCUGCGCAUGAGCAGAUCGCGCUUAAAUUGAAGCUAGCGGAGCUGUUUUCGAAUGUAGAACUGAAAUUGAUUGAGGAAACGGAAAGGAGGCAGUGUAUUUUGUCGGGCACUGACGAUCAGGGUUCGUUGAAGGCAGAUGACUCUAUAAUUAAUCAAUCAAUUAAAGUGAAGGUAGAACCAGUGGAUAGGACUGAUAUUUACCAUGAAGACGGUCCGUUUGCACAUAACACAACAGAAGCCAAUUUAGCAACCAGCGCUGAUCAGGAAAAAAUUCUAGAACUACUGAGGCAACUCCAAGAGAAAGAUGUUGAAUUAAAUAAAGCGAAGGACCAAAUAGUCGCUCUCAAGAACGAAGUGGACGCGCUUAGGACAAGGAACCAUAGUCUAGAAACAAGAAAUGCUAGUCUGGAAGCGGCUGUUGACGACCUGAAGAUAAGACUGAACGUAGUUUAAGCAGGAAGAUAUAUGUAUAAAUAUAUAUACCUACAUACAUAUGAUCACGUCUUUAUCCCUUACGGGGUAGACAGAGUCAAGUCUUGAAAAGACUGAUAGCCUAGGCCACGUUCAGCUGUUUGGCUUAAUGAUAGAAAUGAGAUUCAAAUAGUGACGGGUUGCUAGCCCAUCGCCUAAAAGAAGAAUCCCAAGUUUAUAAACCUAUCCUACUAUAUAUAUAUAUAUAGGCGAUGGGCUAUCAACCUGUCACUAUUUGAAUCUCAAUUCCAUCAUAAAGCCAAAUAGCUGAACGUGGCCUAUCAGUCUGUUCAAGACUGUUGGCUUUGUCUACCCCGCAACGGAUGUAGAACGUGAUUAUAUGUAUGUAUUAUAUAUAUGUUACUGGAAAUGUUAUAAAUGGUAUUUAAAAAAUAUGUUUAAUACGAGUAGGAACGUUUUUUUUUAUUGAAAAUUUUGUUAUGGCUCUUGUUAUUAUGGAUGAUGCAUGUUAUAAAUAAACCCUCUGUGCUGCGUUUUGUAUAAUAUUUUCUUAUUCUUCUCAUCGAGUUCCGGAAGAUCUUUGUCAGAGAAUACAUUUCCAGUGACAUAUAUUAACAGAAGUAAAUUAAUUUUUAUAUUGUAUAUAAUACAUAUAAAGAAAAGUACAAAUUAAGUUUACAUUUAAAUAGAUAAUAAAAAAUC